GAAAAAUGCCUAGUUGGAGACAUGUUGGAUUCACAAUCGGAUAUCUUUCACUCAUUUUAAAUUUCAUGGCAUUCUUUUGGCUAUUCGAUGGAAGUUUCCAUGUUAUAUUUCUUGCGGUGAAUGUCAUAGCUAGUGUAUCUUGGCUAUAUGGAAAUCAUACCUAUAAAUCCAUAUUCAUGCUAUUUCCCCUCGUUUGGAGCGCCUUAUUUAUAGGAUACGUCUUAUGUUUUUUCUUCGCAACGAAAAUUCAUAAUUUAUAUGAGAUUGUGUCUGCGGUGGCUAUUAUUUCAGUCAUAUUUUAUAUCCUCGCCAUUUUGACCUAUGUCUAUAUCAUCGAAUAUAUACCAAAUACACGCACAAUCCAAGCAGAUGAAAUGCCAAUGCGAACGCAAGUGCUGUAUGAAGCACCGAGAAUGAAUCCACAAAGAACGGGUAAAAUGGUAGAUUUUGAACUACCUUAGACUCAAUCUUUUAAGCUCUAAAUUGAAACAUUAACAUUAUAAUUCUUCACACAUUAAAAUCAAUAUAUUUUUUUUGCAUAAAACGAAAAAUUCCAAUCAAAUAUGAGAUGAAG